AUGUCGUCUAACAUUGUGUUGAAAAAUUUAUGCAUUAAAAAAUAAGCAUUACUCAAUUUCAAAUUUCCUUUGUAUAUAAUUGAUGGCAAAAUCAAUUAGAUCACUCUCAAUGUAAGUUUCAUGAAUUUUAUUGUUUAAAGAUGCCUUUAAAUUACAAAAAACAACAACCUGAAAUGAUCAUAGAUGGAAUUGACCUCCUUGUUUGUACUAUUUAAGAAGCUAAUUAAAUAUCAUAGAUCAAGGAUCGUUAGACUCAAGGAAUUGAAAAUUUAAAGAAACAUAAACUUAAGUUGUGGGAAGAAUAAAUGGCAAAAUAUUUCGAAAAACUAUCUCCACCCAAUUGGAUAUAAAAAAUUGUUGAUGGAAUAUACAAUAAUUUAACGAUAACAAUUAAGUAGUUUAAUCUAAGAUUUAAAAAUCAUUCAAUUUUUGGUUAUGAAACAAUCUUGCGAAUAAAAUUUGAUGCUUAAAUAAAGGCAACAGACAAAGACUUUAAAUAAUUAUUCAACAGUGAUAUUAAUAGCACUUAUAAAUUGAUUGAAAUAAAAAAGCUUAGUAUUUCAUAUAAAAAUGACCCUUUCACAAUAUUGGAAAAAAAAGAUGAUUAAAUGAUCCUUACUCCAAUAGAUAUAGAUAUAAAAUAUGUUAUAAACAGGAAUUAAGAAUAGUUAAGUCAACCAAUCUAAAUAAUAUAAAUACUUACAAAAUCUCCAAUAAUAAUUUAAUUGAAUAAAGAAUAAAAAGAUUAUUUGAUUAAAUUAAAUGAAACUCUAUCAUGUUAAGAAGUGAUUUAAGAUAAUUUUCAUCUUAGACCAACAAAAGAUAUAAAAAACGCAUAAUCAGAAUGGUGGAAAUAUUUGAUAAAAUCUAUAAUGCUUAAUUAAAAGAGUAAAAAAUUAGACUUAGGUUAUUCUUCAAAAAAACUUGUUUUAAUGAAACGAUAUAUUGAAUUAUAUAAAAGAAAGUAAACAAUAAUUUUAGUUCCAUGGUUAUCAUCUUGGACUAUAAAAGAUGAAUCUAAAAUAGCAAAAUGUGAAGAAGAUCUAUCUUUAAAAGAUUUAUUAAAAUAUCGAGAAUGGGCAUUUUAAGAAAUAAGAAUAGAAGCUAAAAGAUAUUAUAAUUCAUCUAAAGAUGGAUAAAAUAAAUAAAGUGUAAAACCAUUAUUAGAAAUUUGGACAAAUACAAUUAAUAAUCAAAAUGCUUUUAAAGAUCAUAAUAAAAGGAAUGAUGAUAUACCUAUAGAAUUGGAAUUAGAUGAAAAAAUAAGUUUGUAUGAAAUUUUAGAAAGAGAUAAAACAAAUGUUUUAUAAAGUUAUUUAAAGGGAGAAAAUAAUCAUCCUGAUUAGAUUAAAAUAUCAUUUACUUUAGAAGUUCAUUCUAUUUUUAUAUUGUUAUUUGAAUAUAGAACAGCUAAUUAUGUUAAAUACACACCUGAAAAUACAAAAAUAUUUUAAUUUUGUUAAUGUAAAUAUCAUAUUCGUUUGUUAAAAAAGGCAGCUUAUUCUAGAAAAAAAUCAAGAUAAUCAUCUCAUAUAAAUAGCUUUAAUUAAGUUUAUUAAGAGACCUAAAAAUAAAAUGAAGAUAAAUCAUUUCACACAGCAAAAGUAGUUGAUAGUUUUUAUGAAGAUAUUGAAGAUUUAAAUGGAGUUGGAUCUAUUGUAUCAUAAUCAUCUAAUUAUUUAGAAAAAAGUAAUAUAUCCGAAUUUAAACAAAUCAAUGAUCAACUCUCUCAUUAAAAAUUUAUUUUAAUGAUCGAUUUUAUAGGAAUAAGAGUUCCAUUAUUUAUUUAUUAAAAUGGAGCUAUUUAAACACCAUCUAUGAAGAAAUCAAAAGAUCAUCUAUAUAGAAUUUAUAUAGGUGAUAUUAGGAUUAUAGCUCCAGGUAUGUUAUUAAAAGUUAUGGAAGAAUAAGAUUCUACAAAUAUAUAAUCACCUUUAUUUUCUGGUAAUAAUUAAUAAGUAUCAUCCUUAAAACAUUUAACAUCGUUAUAAAUUUAAUAACCAUAAUAAUCAUAAUAAUAAUAAUAAUAAUAAUAAUAAUAAUAAUAAUAAUAAUAAUAAUAAUAAUAAUAAUAAUAAUAAUAAUAAUAAUAAUAAUAAUAAUAAUAAUAAUAAUAAUAAUAAUAAUAAUAAUAAUAAUAAUAAUAAUAAUAAUAAUAAUAAUAAUAAUAAUAAUAAUAAUAAUAAUAAUAAUAAUAAUAAUAAUAAUAAUAAUAAUAAUAAUAAUAAUAAUAAUAAUAAUAAUAAUAAUAAUAAUAAUAAUAAUAAUAAUAAUAAUAAUAAUAAUAAUAAUAAUAAUAAUAAUAAUAAUAAUAAUAAUAAUAAUAAUAAUAAUAAUAAUAAUAAUAAUAAUAAUAAUAAUAAUAAUAAUAAUAAUAAUAAUAAUAAUAAUAAUAAUAAUAAUAAUAAUAAUAAUAAUAAUAAUAAUAAUAAUAAUAAUAAUAAUAAUAAUAAUAAUAAUAAUAAUAAUAAUAAUAAUAAUAAUAAUAAUAAUAAUAAUAAUAAUAAUAAUAAUAAUAAUAAUAAUAAUAAUAAUAAUAAUAAUAAUAAUAAUAAUAAUAAUAAUAAUAAUAAUAAUAAUAAUAAUAAUAAUAAUAAUAAUAAUAAUAAUAAUAAUAAUAAUAAUAAUAAUAAUAAUAAUAAUAAUAAUAAUAAUAAUAAUAAUAAUAAUAAUAAUAAUAAUAAUAAUAAUAAUAAUAAUCAUAAUAAUAAUCAUAAUAAUAAUAAUAAUAAUAAUCAUAAUAAUAAUAAUAAUUUAAUCAAAAAAAAAAAUCAUAUGUAAAAUACUCAGAUUUCUUUAAUGAAAUUUUUGAAAUAUCAAUUACAAAUGAUUCUUAAUAAUUUCUUAAUAGUGAACUCUGUUAUUAAUUGUUGGGAGAAUUUUUAAAAUAAAAUUAAAUGGGAAAUGUAAAAUCAUUUUUAGAUGAUUAUGAAAAAGAUAAGAAUAAUUUCUAAGAUUUUACUUUAGAAUAAUAUAAAUCAUAUGAUAAAUAUUUUGAUGAUAGAUAAGAGCAAGAAGAUAAUUGUUUUAUACAUAUAUCAUAAUAAUAAUAUACAGAAAAAAAAUGGGAUUUUCUUAGAAAUGCUGCAAUAUCAUCUUUAGAAAAAGAGAAACAUAAUCAUUGGGUAUAAUGUGAUAAUAAUGAUAAAAGUUUAUUUAUAUAAGAUGCUCAUAGUAAAUUAGUAGACAUUAUAAAAAGAGUUUUAUUUAUUCCAUUUAUAGAAGAAUAUGGUGAAAUAUUACUACCAAUAUGUAUUUACAAUUUAAAAGACAAAUUAAAUUUUCCAUUGAUUUCAGAAUUGAAAGAAAAAGAAAUUUGUACAUUAACAGUUUGUCUAUCCUUAUUAGGUGAAUAAUCUGAAUAUAGGAUUAUAUCAAAUAAUGAUUAAAAGAAAGGAAUUUAAAAAGAUGGUAAUAUACCUAUAUAGUAAACAAAAUUCAGUCAAAUAAUAAUAUAAUUGAAGCCUUUUUAGACUUUAAUAUCUACUAAAACUGUUUCUUAACUUUUACAUUUUAUAUAAUAUAACAAAUAAUAAAUAUUUAAGUCUCCAUCAUAUAAAUAAUGCAAAGCAGAUCAAAAAUUAUUAGAAUGUAUUGUCAAAAGCAAACCUUUAAAUAAAGAAAUUUACACUCAACCUUAAUGGAAAUUUGAUUUAUAAAUGGAUGGUAAAUUAAAGGUAAAAAUAGUUUCUGAUUCUAUAUCUGGAAAGAUUAAAACAGAAUUAAAGAUUCAAUUUUAAAAUAUUCUUGUUUAAACAGUAAAUUUAGAUGAUAAAGAUUAUUAAAAUUGUUUAACAGAAUUUUCAUAAGCUGAAAAAACUGCUUUUAAUCUUUAAUAAAAUUAUUAUUUCAUAAAGAAAUUAAUAAUUGAAAAAAUAUUAAUUGCUCAUAAAUAUUUUUCAAUAGAUUAUAAAUAUUAUAAUGAAGAAAUAAAAAGCUAUGAAAAAUAAAUGCAAUCAUUUAAAAAUGGUAAAGAAUAAUUAAAUUCUCCUUCUUUUAAUUAAUAACAUAAAUAUUAAUAACGAUAAACUUAAUCCUAACAUCAAAUUAAACAUUCAUCAACAUUAAAUUAAGAUUAAAGAUUUAAUUAGCCUAAUCUAAAUAAUAUAAAAUCUUAAAAUAAAAUUACUGGAAUAAAAUCAUAAAUAUUAAAAACUUAGAUAAUUUUAUUUUAAUUAGAUUCUAUUAUAUAGAAUCAUCCUUUGUUGACUGAUAAGAAACUCUAUAUUUAAUUUCCAUGGUUAGAUUUAUAAAUAAAUGAUUCUUAAGUUUGUUUUAUAGAAUUGUUAAUGAUUUUAAAUAAAAAUUAUGAUAAAAAAAAUAAAAGAAAAUUUUAAGAAAAUAGAUAUUCAAUGAGCAAAGAUAGUUUAAUAAAAGCAGAAUUAUAAUUAUUAUUAAAUGAACAUAAAAAAUAAAAAAAGGACUGUAAACAUUGUAUAAUAAAAUAUAGAAAGAGCCUUUAUUUAAGCAAUAUUAUAUUUGGUUAAAUGCCAAAUAUUCAAAAUGAUAUUAAUUUAUUUACAUUAUUAGAAUUUGAAAAUAAUUUAAUAAUCAAAAGAAAAAAUGAAAGAAAAAUGAAAGAUUAAUUUAAUUUAAAAUCAAUAUCCUAAUAAUCGAUAAAAGAAAAGAACAAACUUGAUGGAAUAAAAAUUUAAUUUGCUAGUACACCUAAGUCUACAAAAAGUACUUGUUAUAUUACAUUAAUUGAAAUGCCAUUAUUUAUAAUAACUCGUGAUAAAGGAUACUUUAAAAAUACUCUUACAAUUCAUUGUUAAAGAACACCAUAAAAUAGUGAUGAUUCACAUUAAAAUAGCAUAUAUAAAUUAGAUAAAGUUCCUGUUUAACAUUCUUAAUUAGAAAGAAAUAUAUCUCUUAAAGAAAUAGGAACAAAAUAAUAAUAAUAAAAAAAAUAAUAAAAAUAAUAAUUAUUUGAACAUAUUUCUUAAGAUGAAAUCAAUGAAAAAAAUCCUGAUAUUAAUUAUUUUAUAUUCCAGCCCUCAUUAUUAGUUUAAGAAUCUGAUCGAUUAGCUGAUAAACUUGAUGAUAAAUUUGUUUUUUAUUGUAGAAAUAAAGAAAAAGAAAUGUUUAAUUAAGAUUUUAUUCAAUAUGAUGAAAAAGAAAAAGAUUAAAUGUAAUAGUCUGUCUAUAUAACUUCUAACAUAUAUAAUAAAGCUCCUAUUUAUUUACUUUAUUAUUUUAAUCAACCUUUAAGAUCUCAAAUGCUAUCUUGUGUAAUUGAUGAUUAUUAAAAAGAAAAAAACUCUAAAACCAAAAUAUUCUUUGGAAUUGAUAAUAUCAAAGCUAUAUUUAGUAAUUAAUUUGCUACUUAUAAUCUUAUUACAAUUAUUAAAAAUAUUUUAACAAUUAAAAAUGUUUAAGAAAAUGCUUAUAACUUAAUUAAUAAAGAUCUUAUCAGAUAAGAAAGAGAAAAAUUAAAAUUAAAAUAAAAUCCAUUAAAACUUCUUGAUGAUUUAAUUGUAUGUGCUCUUAUUUAAAAUAUUUACUUAAAAUCUAAUGAAACUCUAUUUAAAUUAAGAUAAUUAAGAGCAUUUAUUUAAAUUAAUUUGAUGGGUAGAAUUAGAGGAAAUUCUCUUUAAAAGAGAACCAUUUAAAGUGUUUAUCCAAAUAUAAAUUCAAGUUAAUAAUAAAAAAAUAGAUAAUCUGUUAAUUCUUUUGAAGAAGAUCAAAUAAUUAAAUGUGAUUUUAUUAAAUUCAAUUUUAACUAAGUAUCAUAAAUUGAUAUCACAAUUAUCAAUGUUACAAAAUAAAAGGAAGAACUUCGUUUAUCAGUUAAUGAUAUUCAAAUUAGUAUUAUGGGAAGAUAAAAAGAAAAUCUAUUAGUUAUGCCUGGAAAAGAAACAGGAACUUAAAGAGCUUCCUAUGCUUUACAUAUAACUUUAUCAUUUUAAAAUUCAUAUCCUUUAAUUAAAUUAUAAAUUGAAUAAGCUAAAAUAAUACUAUCUUAAUAAAAAAUUUAAGAUUUAUUAAUAGCUAUCAAUAGUUUUUAUUUAAUCAAUAUUGAAGAAUCUAUUUCUUUAAAAUAACAUUUAUUAAAGUUUAUUUUUUAACAAGAACUAUUUAUUAAUGAAUAAAUUGAAAAAUCUCUUGGUGUAAAUUUGUUUGUAAAAAAUGCUAAUAAUUAAAAAAAAUCUAAUAAAUAUGCUAUUGAAUUAUAUGUGGAAUCCUUAAUUAUUAAAUUAUAAGAUUUAGAAUAAGAUUUUUUUUUAUUUUAAUUUCAUCAAAUUUAAAUGAAGAAAAAAAGCUAAGCUAAUUUAGAAUUAUCAUUAUCAUAAAUUGAAAUGAAACCUCAAAAUAUAAAUAAUGAAUAAUUCUUAUAUUAAAAUUUAAUAGAACCUAUUGAUAAUUAAUAACUUUUUAUUUUUAAAUUAGAAAAUAAGGUAAUAUCAAUAAAAAAUGUUAAAUUCUAUUUGAUUUCAAGAUAUUUAAAGGAAUUAGAGGCAUUUCAAUAAAGAAUAGAAGAAAUUCUAUAAAGAAACUUAAAUGAAUUGAAAGAGAGAUAUUAAAAAGAUUUUGAUUUAUAAUUACAAAUUAAAUAAGAAGAAGAUUUUCUAAAAGAAAAAGAUAGUUUUAAUUACAAAAUCUCUAUUUAAAAUUCACAAUUUGUAAUACCUGAAUCUUCUUUAGGUUCAUCUUAUAUUAUUAUUACGUUUGAAUAAGGAAAUUUAAAUUUAAAAAAGUAAAAAAUAAAUUUAAAGAUGCCUGAUAUUUAGGAUGAAUACUUAAUAGAAUCUAAUAAUUAAAAUUUACUGAUUGAUUAUAAAGAAAAAAAUUAAGGAGAUGGUGAAUUUUGUGUAAUUAAUAUAAAUGGAAACUUUGAUAAUGUAUAAAUGAAUUAUUAAUUUUCUGAAGGUUUAAGAAAUGGGUUAUUAUUAUUUGUAGGUAAAAUAAUUAUUAAUUUAUAGAUAAAGUAUAGCCGAUUAUUGAUUUGCCUAGUUUUGAUUAAAAAUGUGGUUUAAGUCCAUGGAAAUUUGAAGAUUCUUGUAAGUUAAUAGUUUAUAAUUUAAAAAUGUCUCUUGAUUUUGGAAAAUUAUUGAAGUUAAAAAGUCUAUUAAAUAAAAAUUUAGAUGAGACAUCUCCUUUGUUUGAAUUUAGUCGAUCUUUAUUUUAGAAAAUCAAUUUUGAAGUAUAUAAUAUAUUAAUAUUAGAUAAAAUUAGAUGAAAGCUCUAUUUCAUUUACAAGAUUUAAUUAAGGAGAACCAGAAAAACUUAUUUAAAUAAAGGAACAAGCAAAAGUAUAUAAAUAGAAAUCAAGAUUAAGUAAAAAUUUUUCAACUCAAUAAUCAUCAAAACGUGAGUCUAUGUCUUGA